UUUAUUUAUUUUUCUUCUUCUUUUAACUUAUUAUUCAUAAAAAAAAAAAGGCUUCACUAUAAUGACAGUUUCUUUAAAUCCUUUCAUUUCACGAUGCGCAAAACAAAUUUACCAUAACUUGAAAUUAACAGAUCGUAUUGGUUUAUUGUCAAAUGAAGUCUUACCAGCAGAAGUUAUUAAAAUGCAACAAGUACUCUUACUAUUAGACCAAGCAAAAUUAGAAUCUUUAGUUAAAAAGUUUUUGCAAACUAUAAAUCCAAAUAAAUCACUUGAUGAUUUCAUGUUUAUGUUAGAUUCAGAACUUAAAGUCUUUUCAGCAGAAGACGAGGAGUUUACAGACGACAUUGAUGAGAAUAUUUUAGUCGAACUAACAGAACAAAGCGUAAAGAAACGAACCCGAUCACACAGUGAAGACCCAUUUAAUUCAAUAAAAAAGUUUAAACCUACACCUGAACAUUAUAAUACGGCCCAUACUACUACUGCAAUUAUAAACUUUUUUUCUACUGAUACCCUUAAUUCGGAAACAUAUAAUAUCAUUUGCAAUCCUGCUGGCUCUUCUAAAUUAUUACAUAAUGUACCGUGGAUCAUUUUAUACGAAAUUGCACGCUUUAUACACGCUUAUGAGAUCAGUUGGGAGGAUAUUCCAUUUGAUGCUUUUCAAAUGUUUUUAAAUAUUGGCAACACUGAACCUUCUCAACUUUAUGAAACUAUGGUAAAGUGGAAUCAGGAAGUUAGGUUGGGUUUAAAAAUAAAUGCUCUUGCCUAUACUUCGAUGGAAAGAUGUCCUGAUAAUGUUUGGGCUCACAUACAGCAACUUCAAAAGGCCUCCUCUUUAUCUGAAUCUAAUUUAACUCCUUGUACUUCAACUCCUGCUUCUACUUCCGCUUCCACCUCCGCUUCAUCAACUCCUUCUCCUCUCUCCCCUAAUCUCUCAUCCCCUUAUAAUCUUACUGCAACCAAGAAACAGAAUGCUAGAGUGAAGAACAGAAUGAUACAUUAUAGUGGUAUUCUGAAAUUUAAAAACUCGGCUAAUCUUCCAAGCAUCAGACUAAGAGCCCCAAAGGUAGAAGCAUCUAAUCGUUUCUUUCGUAAAUUUGGUCCAGAUCGAUUCUUAGAAUUAUCUCUUAGCAAAGGCAUACAUCCUUCUUUAAUAAAAGCUCACAUGAACUAUUUCCUAAAACCCUUUUUGUUUAUGCAACGAAUCUAUCAGUUUUUAUUUGUCAAAGAUGACACGCUUGUCUUGUUUGCCACAAGAGGCCCGGGUUUGGAACCUAUCAGUAUUCAGCAAGUCAUUGAUUGGCAUAUGCCGAUUACUGAAAAUUGGAAUAUGUCAAUGAGUAAAUAUGCAAGUCGUAUGGCUCUCGGUUAUAGUAGCAGUAUUCCAACAUUAGAGUUUAAACCAGAAGAAAUUAUUUACGUUGAUGAUAUUUAUUCAUCAACAGGAUCUGCUACUGAUGAAACUGCUUGUAUGACAGAUGGCUGUGGUAUUAUUUCUUGUUCAGCGAUGCGACAAAUUAUGGGCUGUCAAGCAACAGAUGAAUUACCUUGUGCUAUUCAGGGUCGUAUUGCGGGUGCGAAAGGUAUAUGGAUUAUCUCACCUGACCUUGACUUCACUUCUGGUAAUUGGAUCAAAAUUCGUGCUAGUCAAAAUAAAUUCAAGACAGGUUUACCCCAGAAGGAUUUCAGCCUAGAUCCUCAUCAUUAUACAUUUGAUCUUGUCAAAAACUCUAUUUGUGUUUAUCCUUCCAACUUGAACACACAAUUUAUUCAGUGUUUAGCUGCGGGUGGUGUUCCGACAGCUGUCUUUGUAGAGAUCUUGAAGGAGUAUAUUCACCGAUUAGCAACUAUUGUGACUGAAAAUCAAAGUGUUGAAGUCUUAAGAGACUGGAUUACACGUAUGGGUCAUGUCAUGAUGGGGAGAUGGGAAGGUGAAUCUAAUACAGAAAAGGGGCUUUGGCGAGACCUUAAUUCAAGCUCUGCUGGACUUGAUGAUGAAAAUGAUAGUGGCUUUUUUACAAUUAGUUCACCUGACGAUGAUACUUAUUUUGACGAUCAUAAUAUAGCUGAAUCCAAUGAGGAUAGACCCGAAUAUGACUGGCGUACUCGAUUUGCUAACAAUGAUAACCACUAUUUUCGUCUUAAUCGCUACUCUGGGUCUCCUGCUAGUCUUCAUGAAGCUGCUAUUCGUAUGCUGGAUUCCGGGUUUGAUCUCUCAAAUGCUUAUCUUGCUUCACGAAUCACGAUGGUCUUUCGGCAGGUUAUGCAAUCUAUUACAACAAAAUAUAAAAUUGAGGUACCUCAAUCGUGUACAGUCACCUGUAUACCUGACCCUACAGGAACACUUGAGUCUGGUGAAAUGUUUUUGCAAUUAUCAAAUCGACGUAUGGAUGAAAAGACGAGUAUACCUGUUGGACAAAUAUUAGGUGAAGUGAUUGUUACGCGUAAUCCAUGUGCUCUUAAAAGUGAUAUACAAAAAGUAAAAGCUGUUGAUUGUAGUGCUUUAAGAAUGUAUAGAGAUGUUGCUGUCUUUUCUGUGAAAGGUGAAACCUCAUUAGCUAGUCAACUUAGUGGUGGUGAUUAUGAUGGUGAUAUUAUAUUUUGCUGUUGGGAUGAACGUAUAGUAAAGCCCUUUAAAUCAUCGCCUGUAAUUCCAGAAUCUAAUAAAGUCAAGGAAGCAUUUGAUAAAGACAUGUCAACUGUAGGAAGAGAAGUAGGAUCACAUGAAAACACUGAAACAGCUAUUCAGAAAAAUUUUAUUUCAGUGACGAUACCCGAUGGUACUCUAGGUAUAUAUGAAAACUGGAGAACUGUUUUAGCAGAAACAACCAAUCUUGACAAUCCAGAUGUUAUCUAUCUUGGUCAUAUGUGUUCUAAGCUUGUAGAUGCUCCUAAACAAGGUCUUCGUCUCAAAUCAAUCGUAAAAAACAGAGAUCGCGCCUCCUUUGGAGACAUUCCACAUCCUGCUUGGUUUAUGGAUAAAAAGAAUAAACAACGUAAUCAAAGAAUUCGAAAUUACCGAGAGGUGAAUAAUGUAUAUGCUUUACAGAACGCACCUUUAUCUACUACUAUGGAUUAUCUUUAUGACACACUUAUGAAAGAAACAGCAGCUUUUACGAAAUACUCACGUAGCAUGUUUCUUGAUGAAGAUGUUCCUUUUAAGGAUCCAGAUCUUAUUGCUCCUUGGCUCAAAGCACAAGAACUAGCAAAUCAAUUAAAUGAUAUUGCUCUAAAAGAUGAUCUUCAAUUAAUUGCUCAAGCUAUUGAAAAGAAUCGUCAUGAUUACAACAAGCAAUGUUGCGAAUUUGAUAUGCAAAAACAACAUUACAUGGAUAACAUCGGCAAUCCUAAACAUUAUAUUGAUAGCAAAUUCGUUCAUGACUUUCAAAACCAAUUCACUUCACAUUUUGAGCUUGAAGAGUAUUUUGCUAAAGAAUUUCUCAAUACACCUUCCACGCAAAGUUUAAAAUCAAAUAUAAUGAUUUUUGAUAUCCAAGCCAAUGGUGGACGCAUGUUACAGAAUAUCAAGGCGAGCUAUGCUUAUCAAAUUAGUGUAAAUGCAAAUAAAUAUAGCAAGUAUUGCUAUAUUGUUGCCUUUGACUUUCUAAGACGUAUCAAAGCGGAUGCGAUAGCAAAACGACUAAAAGAAAAUGGUGUAGCGGAAACAAUCACAGUUCCUAUGUACAAAUGCUUGAAUAUAGAUAGAAAAUGGCUCAAGAGAUUACUAAAAUCAAAUAUUGUAAAUGAAAAAGAAAAGGUUCGACUUAUGCCAGAUAUCACGGCGGCAAUGAAUGGAGAACUAAAAAAAUAGAAAACCUACAUGUUAAAAGACUUUUUUUUUUUAUUUUUUUUUUUUUUGUUUUUUUUUUU